AUGGGAUCGGUUUUUGGUGAUUAUUAUAGAGGGGGCUGUGCGAAGACCGGAGACGAAGAAACGCAGAACUCCGAAGAAGACUCGGCCUCGUUCAGUGGCAGCGGCGUGUGCAAGUGGUUCAACGUGCGCAUGGGCUUCGGCUUCCUCUCCAUGACGAGUAGAGACGGUGCUCCACUCGACCGUCCCGUCGACGUCUUCGUACAUCAGAGCAAGCUUCACAUGGACGGCUUCCGCAGCCUGAAAGAGGGAGAGCCAGUGGAGUUCACCUUUAAGAAGUCAUCGAAAGGCCUGGAGUCUCUGCGUGUAACAGGUCCUGGAGGGGCUCCAUGUGCAGGCAGCGAGAAGAGACCCAAAGGUGCCCAGAAACGGCGCUCUAAAGGGGAUCGGUGUUAUAACUGCGGUGGCCCAGACCAUCAUGCCAAAGAAUGCCAACUGCCUCCUCAGCCAAAGAAGUGCCAUUUUUGCCAAAGCAUGUCUCACAUGGUAGCCAACUGUCCAAUCAAAGCACAGCAGGCAUCGCCGGGAUCUCAGGGAACCUCCACCUCAUUGGCAGGAGAAGAAAUCCUCAGCCACACAGCCUCAACACCUGAUACCUUGGAGUGAAUGCAGGACAGUGCAACAGGAUUACAGUCAGGGAUAACACAAGCACCAAUCAUGCUGCUCUUGGACCUAUCUCAGGUUUUUCCUUUUCUUACAGCGCUAAUGAAUGUUGUCUCUCACUAGCAUGACAUUAUAGUACAAAUCAGUCAUUUAGAAUAGUGAGAGAUUUUCCUUUAAAAUUCUUCAGUAUACUAAAGACUAUGUAACCCUGUAGUGUGGAUCGAACUUAUGCUUUUUGGUCUUAAUACGCUCGGAUUCUUCCGGAUUUUUUCCACCACUUCAGUUUAAUUCACGCAAGAUGAAGAUCGAGGAAAUCGACUCUUUCAAGACCGGUCGAUUUUCAUUCAACUUCAUUUUGAGGGUAGUAGCAGGGAUGUGUUAGUGUGUUGUUGUUUUUAGCUAGCUAAGUGUCUUAGAUUUGUAUGGAAACAAUCAAAAACAAACUAUGUUUACAUAUCGCAAUAAGCCUGGUUGGUUAAUCACAUUUCUGAAGCACAUUUAUUUUAGGAAGCUAGUGUUGUCAUUUCAUUUUAUUUCAUUUCACAGCGCCAAAAAUCCUAAACCCAUUUACUGAUUUAAUAAUAUUUACUGUUAUACUUGAUUUAGAGUGAAGUUUGAAUUAUCCAAAUCUCUAGUCAUUUCUGUAAGACGACACUGUCCAUGUGUCCCAGUACUGUUCUUAACACUCACUUAUCCCCUCUCAAUCCUUCUCAGCAAGCACAAUGCUUUAGCAGGUAGUGAUUUCCUCUAUGUCUAUUUCUUUUCAUCUAUACACACACACACACACACACACACACACACACACACACA